AUGGUAUCACAAGUACAAAGCAUUGAAGAUUUGAUAACUUCCUUAUUGGAUUGUUCCACAACGUAUCAGUCAUCUCCCGUUAUACUCCUUGAGAUUGCUGAGUCCUUGAAAACUAUAGGGCAACACCAGCCAACAGCCAUACUGAAUGCUUGUCAUAAAUAUUUUUUACACAAUCCAAGGCUACCCCCAGGAAACAAAGCAUUUGUAUUCAAGGUGGUCAAUACUGUUGUCGGCGAUUCGUUGGUAACCAAAACUCUUGAUGAACAACUUGUUCUCCUAAUUAUCAAUUUGGCUACACAGGAAAUGACCAUGAGCAAGGAAACCGAAACAGAAUUUGCGGAUGCUGCCAAGGAUGUGCUAGUGACUAUAGGAAAAUGUGAACUCUUUGUAUCACGCGUAAUCGAAGCUGUUUUAUUGAAGUUCCCUCCCGGAGUUUCAAACAGUCCUCAUAAAUACGUUGUUCUCUGUUUAGCUGCCAUUGCCCAAUACAACCCUUCAGGACUUAUACCAUUCUUAACAGAUAUUCUUUCUCGAACUGUUCACUUGUUACCGCAUAUUAAAACGGAUCCCUUAAGAUGUGCUUGGGCGAGAGCUUUGUGCUCUUUCUGUGAAGCAAUCAGGGAGCGUCAAACCGAGAGACCAACAGAAGCGGUUGAAGAUUUGACUGUUGAUACAAAGCAUGAUCUUUCUGUUUCUAACGAUUCAUUCGAUCCUACAUCUUAUUCUGAUCAAUCUGGAGUCAUUUACGAUGUUGUCUUCCAAUGGAUGUACAGCAAAGAUGCAGUGACCAGAGCUGAAGCAGCGGAAUGUGUUGGAGAACUAUGUUUGGUUAUUCCUACUGUGAAAAUAAUAGAGGAUAUAAAGAAACUUGUACAAACACUCACUGGCCUAUACAAGAAAGCUUAUUCCGAACACUUAAUGAUCACUAUAGCACUCUGUAGGUUCCUGGAAGCAACAUGUGCUGACGAAAGAAUUCCGUUAGAACACUAUUUGGAGGAUAUUCUAAACGCUUUGUUCCCGAACGCCUGUGUGGAUCUUGAUGAUAUGAACUUGACUUUGAACGAACAAACUAUGAAAAACCAUAGCGAAGCUUUACGUUGCUUCCAUGUAGCUUCUAGAAGAUUCGCUGACAAAAUAGUUUAUUAUCUUCUACAUAAAAUGCAACAUCUCUCCGACCUGCAAAAGCUCGGCGCUAUAAACGUUCUGCGCCAUCUCUUGAACUAUUCAGGACAAUAUAUUGAAGACAAGCGGAGUCUUGUAAUGAUGGGAUUGAAAAAGUUAUUAGGAGCUGAACAGAGUGCUAGCAUCAAGGUCAAGAGAGCUGUAGUACAGCUCUGCAUUGCUUUAGCAGAUCAUGCAUAUGUUGAUGCCGAAGGUGGCGACCACGUAAUAUCAUUCUUAGUACGCAAUUUGGUUUUACCUUCCGAGCAAGAAGCUCAAGUGCGUAAGCUCGAGGUAGACGUAGCAGGGUCCAACCAACUUCGAACUCAAUGUGCACAAGCUUUACAUACUAUCACAAGUACUUGUGUAUGUGCGAACAAGCUGCUGUGGCCGUAUUUGUUAGAAUUUGUCUGUUCAGAUCGUUACUCCCCUGUUAUUGGAGAUAUUUUCAAAUGUCUUCGCAUCCUGAUUACUAGGGAAAUAGAAGAGGGACGUGAGGUCGACUAUAUAACGGGUUUUGACAAUCCAAAAAUCGCUGGGAAGUAUGCAGUAUUGGCAAGACUAAUAGUUUGCAUGUGCAAUGCUCCUGCGAAUGGGUUGAUUACCAGAAGAGCAAGAGAGUCUCUGAACCUUCUCCGCACUAUCGCCCCAUGGCUUCAUCCAGCGGUCGUGGAAACUAUUGAGAGUUAUACAGAAAGAAUGGAGCCGCUGUUAGAUGAGCUAAGUAAUGUAACUGUUUCAUCACCAACGUCAGAAUUCUCGCCCGCGGUUGAAUUGAGAGGAAGACGAAUCUCGAGAUGGCACGAUAUUGUUCUGGAAAUGUUAUGUGCUUGUCUGUCUUCGGUUUCAGAUGGAAAUUGGAGAGCGGAAGUUACAUCAGCUUUCGCGAAGCAGUUGGAUUUAUAUAAAGAAUCACCGGACGAAAAAGCUUUCCUUCUCCGAUGUAUUGGAACGUCACUGUCUAAGAUAGCUUCCAAGCCAUUCGUGAUCGACCAUUUUCUCAUGAUGUUCAAAUCCACUCAACAUAAUAACGCAACAGAACGGCAAGGAUGUGCACGAGGAGUCGGGGCAUGUGCUUCAGUACACAUUGAGACUAUUCUAGUUGAACUGGAAAAUGUUGCUAAAUGGGAACAUGUUAAAAGAAGUAGUGGCUUCUUUGGAUUCAUUAAAGACGCAAUGCCCAUGCGGCAGUACUCUGAUAUCGAAAUGGUAUACCUUAGAGCGACUAUAAUGCUUAGUUAUGGGCAUGUAGUGAUGGCAUGUCCAAUUGACACUGUUACUCAAAGGCUUCAAAAUACUAUAAUCGCAUUUCUCCGACAAUAUUUUGCCAAUUCGAAGCAAGAAACCGUUGUGAGAGAAGCUAUGUUAGAAACGAUGAGAUUAAUAGCUAUGGCCGUUAACCCUGCAAGGCUGGGAGUUGAGUAUAAACUGGAUUGCAGAAACGAACUUUUGGAAUAUAUUCGAGAUUAUGUUCAAAGUGAAAAUGCUGAAGUGCUAUCCAGUUCGUUGAGAUUGCUGGCUUCCAAAGCUUUCGCUGCUCUCGUGAGGCUCCAACCAGCGCUCUCAGAUGAUGACAUGUUCGAUUUUGGACAAAUUUUAACACAAUAUAUUUUACCGAUGCAUCGUGAAAAAAGUGGUUUGAAAACGUUAGCUUUUGAUUUGUUCGAUUAUGCUACUUCAUCCUUCUCUGUUUUGUCUUCGGAUAACAGCAGUUCACAUUAUCCCAGAAAGAUCGAAGACGAUGAAUCUGCAACUAUUAUGGAUGCAACCGUUAGCCACUAUGGGUCAGCGUUAGAAGCCAUGGUGUACAUGAAGCCCACCGUUAACACAGUCACUAUUCUGCUGAAGCUUCUUCAUCCAUUCUAUGGUAAAUCUGCUGAGCAUGAAAGGUCUCGAGCAAUCGAUACCACAGUUCUUAUUCUAAGAGUGUAUUAUGAAUAUGCAGAAGACAUCGUUCUUGGGCAUGCUAAUGAUUUCACACCUUUAUCUUCGCUCCUAGCUCGUUUGACUCCCAGAAUCGCUGACAGCCUCUCUCAAAUCAGGCAUCAAAGCUUACGCGCUAUUCAUUGGUCUCUUCGAUUGGCUCAUGUUCAUAAGGGACACGGCAGGGAUACAAAUGGCUCAGCUUUCGAUAUCGAUGAGUUCAUAAGAUUGCAUUUGAUGGAAGAAGGUAAACUUGAUGGUCAAACUGCCAAGAGAGCAAUCAAGUCGAUAUCAGAGAUAAUUGAUGCACGUUUACCACAGUCCCAAAUGCAGUUAUAUAUAACGAGGCUUAUCAAGAUGCUGACUGACCGUCAAAGUCAUGUUAGCUCAUCAGCUGCCCAACUUCUCACAUAUUCACUGCAAGCACGUGGAGAUUUAUUGAUCAACGAGGGAGAAACACUCGUAACAACCCUCAUGGAACGCUUACCUGAUAUUCACAAAUGUGUUCAGACAUAUACGGAUGUAAUGGCCGCACUCGUUGCUUUCGCUGCACAUCAACUGCAUACUGUUUGCGACGCAUUGCUGCAACAACCCCUUCCUUUAGCAUUAUACACAUGUGAUGCCUGGGGAUGCCUUUCAAGAGAUCGAACUUUAUUCCCUUCUAUUAUUGAUCAUUUAUUAGAACUCUUAACAUCUUCAUUCGACAGUCCUUAUGAAGUGUUAGACACUGGUGGAGGAAAUUCGGUGAAAGUGGUUAAAAUUGAACCAUGUCAAUACGUUUCAGCUCUAGCUGAAGUUGUCAAGAAUGGAGAACCUGAAUGGACUUUAAAUGAAAGGGUCCCGAACUUGCUCAGUGCGCUUCUACAUCAUGUUUGCUGUGUAGCCGACACCCAAUUUCCUCUUGUUAAAGAGAGUAAAGAUGGAACUGGUAAACCCGCAAUCAUCACGAAUGAACUGAGAAAAGCGGUUGAAAAGCCUGUGGGAUUGCCUCUCAAUGCCAUCAAAAGAAUAUUGUAUAGGUUGAGCGUAACAAACGUAGUUGAAGACAUGAAUCAAGCUAGAGGGUGGACCGAGUGUUUAGACCGAGAGCAGUUUAUUAGCUCUCUUUCACAACUUGUUCGUUCUAUUGCCGAACACCGACCAGAUUGGAUUGAACAGUUAUGGAUUUGUCUGGCUGAAAAGGCUGAGAGCGAGCAUGAGCCUAUAAGACUUGCUGCUGUUGUGGCAGCCUCUGCUCUGAUCAAGAAUUGCCCGGACUCACAGGGAGAGUUCAACGAAAAGUUGUUAGUGGAAUGCAUAAGAUUACUGCAGAAUGAAUUAACGGACCAAAGUUUGAGAGUUCGCAAACUAUGUUUACGCGGUUUGGGAGAAAUUGCCGAGUGUUCAUCAGAGACAGUAACUAAACGUUUUGCCAGCAUGGCAGUUGAAGCAGCUAUGGCUGGCCUAGAUGAUAUCGGGGAUCGGCAAGAUACUGUUGCAAUGGAAUCCAUUUUGGCUCUGAGCAAGUUAGUUUCUCGAACUAGUGAUCAACAGCUUACUAGCAUUCUACCUUUUGUCUUGUUGAAAAUUAGGCCAUGUUUUGAAAAGGAGUCUGCUGAUUUGAGAGCGGCUUGUUUCAGUCUUUUUGGAGAACUUGGAAGUCGUGUGGGGGACGGCUCAAAUGACUUCCUUUCGCAUCUACAGACCAACAUUAUCAGUAUUCUCCUUCAUGUAAAUGAUGAGAACGAUGAAGUGAAGAAGAUGUGCACAUCCGCUCUUUAUCGAGUUUAUCACCUAAUGAAUGUUAGUGCUCUAUCUGCGCUUGUUGAACAUGAAACUCCAGACGGACGAUUACCAUCAUCGUAUAUUUCUUUCAUUCAGCACUUUGCCGCGGUUCUCACAUCUUCCUUCCCGGAUCGUGUAAAUCAGUAUGCUUUGACUUGUAGCAUUUAUUUCAAAAGCUCGUGCGUUAAAAUUCGCUCUAACGCGGCAGCUCUGAUCGGGUGCUUAUUGAGUGAUUUGUCUCCCCAGUUAAGAGCAACAAUAAGCAAAGAUUUGAUUUUCUCAGGCCUUGUUUUACUACUGAAAGAUGAAGAUUUGACCGUGCGUUUGUCAGCUACAAAGUCUAUUGCUAGUUUGCACUCGUUUUCAUGA